AUGGAUUCAAAGAAGUCUAACAAGAUCAGGGAGAUUGUGAGGCUUCAGCAGAUUCUCAAGAAGUGGAGAAAGAUCGCUAACUCGCCGAAAGCGAACUCCAUUACCACCAGUAGCAGCAACAAGAGCAUCAAGUUUCUGAAAAGAACACUUUCUCUAUCAGACAAAACCGGCAGUACCUGUGAUGCUUCUAACAAUGCUCAUGUCCCCAAAGGGUACCUUGCUGUUUGUGUUGGAGACGAGCUCAAGAGAUUCGUCAUUCCAACAGAUUAUCUUGGCCGUCCUGCUUUUCAGUUUCUGCUGAGAGAAGCUGAGGAGGAGUUCGGGUUUCAGCAGACUGGCGUUCUGAGGAUUCCGUGUGAGGUUUCUGUAUUUGAAGAGCUUUUGAAGAUGGUGGAGGAAGAUAGGGAUACAUUCUUCAUGCAAGGAUGCUAUUCAGAAAGCCAGCUCAACUUUUACCACCCAGAAAGCCCAAUGUGCAGAUAAUAGUUUGAAGUUUUCUUUUCGGGUAACUCAUUUAGAUCGCUUCUUCAUCAGAUGAGAAGGAGAAGCAUUUUUAUGUUGGGUAUGUAAUGUGUAUAUCAAAUCUGAUGCAUUUUCUCAGGCAUCAAAUCCAAUAUCUCAUUCUGUUUAUAUAUCUAAUUGCACAUCUUAUACCCAAUCAACAAACAAGCAUUUCUUCCCAAAACUAAUGCAAAUAAAACUCCAUACUCAUAU